AGUGUCACCAAGCGUGUCACAGCAAUUCGUCUCUCUUGUUUGUAUUGUGCUUCGUUGCACACGCGCGCGCUGUGGUUGCUGCAUCAAAUGGGUAACUUGCUUGAUAUGAAGGUGGUGGCAAUGGUGGCGGCGCUAGUCGUCAUGAGCUUGGCAGGGGUGUCCAUGGCGGCACGGAGGGUGCCCGCGCUGCUGAAGAGCCACGUCGGCGACGGGAUCUCCUACCACGGCGGCGCCGUGCUCGGCGGCGACAUUCCCGUCACCCUCGUGUGGUACGGGAAGUUCAAGCCGGCGCAGAAGGCCAUCGUCGUCGACUUCCUCCUCUCCCUCACGGCCACGCCACCGAACGCGACGACGCCCUCGGCCGCGCAGUGGUGGGGCGCCAUCGCCGCCGGCUACCUGUCGUCCAACGCGACGAACGUGACGACGGCGGCGCGGGUGGUUCUCGCGAACCAGACCUCCGACGAGGAGUACUCCCUGGGGAAGUCGCUGACGCUGGUCGAGGUGUUCCAGCUCGCCGCCGGGGUUGUCCCCGACAGGGGCGACCUCGUGGUGGUGCUCACCGACCGGGACGUCGCCGUCGAGGGCUUCUGCAGCGCGCGCUGCGGCGUCCACGGCUCCGACGCCGGCGCCGGGUACGCGUACGCGUGGGCGGGCGACGCCGAGCGCCAGUGCCCCGGGCAGUGCGCGUGGCCGUUCGCGAAGCCGCCGUACGGGCCCAAGGGCGAGGCGGCGCUCGUCCCGCCCAACGGCGACGUCGGGGCGGACGGCGUGGUGGCGACGCUCGCCGGCGUGCUGGCCGGCGCCGUGACCAACCCGUUCGGCGACGGCUACUACCUCGGCGACAAGGACGCGGCGCUCGAGGCGUGCUCGGCGUGCGCCGGCGCGUACGGGAGCGACUCGUACCCCGGGUACGCCGGGAAGGUGCUCGUCGACGAGACGACCGGUGGCAGCUACAACGCCGUCGGCGCCCAUGGCCGGAAGUACCUUCUCCCCGCCGUGUACGAUCCGGCGACAUCCCGUUGCACCACGUUGGUGUAGAGCGCACGUCGAGGAAGUGUGUGUGCGCUUCAAAUUAAGGUGUAAAUAACCAUGAAAGUUACAGUAACAACGUUGUUUCUUUCACACUAGCUGGCUGGUUUGUGGGCACAUGGUUUAUGCGGUGUGGUUGUAAAAUCCACUUGAUUUGGUUCUGGUGUACACCGAGUUUUUAAGCAUGUGGAGAGAACUCACCUGUGUGAGUAGGUAUGCAUUUGAUGAGUGCGCAUGUCCAAAUGUACUUUUGGGAAGAUAUAACCUGUUUGUGUUUUCAAA